CAACAAUCUACAUUUUUUCUUGGGCGAAGGGGGUUAGAGUAUCGUAGGUUGAUUAUCUCCGGCAGCCAGCCGGGGCCAGGCCAACCUACAUACAUCGCAACGGGGCCAUGUGCCGCUUUGUCCGGUACCCCCUGGUAGUUGCCCUUGUGGCUGUCAGAACACUUUGAAGUUGCCUUGGCAUCGCCUAGCUACUAGAAGAUCGCUGCACAACGACAUCAAUAUUGUAUGUCUGGCACCAUUUGGGGUUGAUCCCACCCAAACAAACCAAACAGCCAAGGCUGUCAGGAGAAAGCGUGUCGUGGGCAACACUGUAGCUACUAGAGAGAAAAUGGACGCAGAGCGGGUUUUUUUAGUUCCGUGGUUUGGGGAUCCCCAUUGGUUGGAGGGAAAUGUAGCGCCAGAAGAUGCAGCUUUCCACCAUACCGUACCGGUGCCAUCCUGGAUCAUGGGGGCUUAGAUUCCAUGGCGCUGGAUAGUACCGGUAUAAAUCACGGUGACAACAGCUCUCCUAUUUCAUCAACCAACACAACAUCAUGCAGCAUGCAGCCAGCUAGUAGUCUUGCACCGUAGCGUACAGACGCUUUGACACUCGAUCGCGACUGAGCAAUUCUUGCAAAGAAUGACCAUGACCUUGCUUGGAAUGCCUCGAUGCCUCCAAUUAUCCUGCAAUCAAGGCCUGUCUGUACUUAGCUAGUACCCGAAGAUUGACAGUACUGGUACUUCCAUCAUUAAUCUUCUGCUUUCUGGCUCUGUUGCCGCCACCACUGAUGCUGAUCUUGGAGGCUUGAUAGUGGUACCGGUACUGUAGCUAAUUCGGAGCCCACGUUACUGCAGUACAGAUCUUUCUCGUCUUAUCUCUACCAUCUCCAAUUGAUCUGUACUAGCUAGUAGAUCCAAUCAUCAUCUGUUCUUGGUUCCAUCGAUCUAUCGAUCCUGCAUCCAUCUGCAGUAUCCAUCUCAUAAUAUCUGUCAUCUCCAAUUGAUCUGUGCUAGUAGAUCCAUUCAUUAGUUCAUUCCAAUCGUCAGUUCUGGAUCCAUCUAUCUAUCUAUCUAUCUAUCUAUCAAACUAUCAUUCAUCACCAUGCCGAUGGAAGACCGGGAAAAGCAAUGCAUGUUUUGCAGUCUCCUGUGCAUUGUUGUGUGUGCCGUGGCCAUUCCUCUUGCGGUUCAUUUUGGUACCAGCGAUGGGAGUCCCGUUCUGUGGGAACCCAUUGGUUCUUCUGGCCUUUGGAGGAACGACAGUGGCACUCUCGAAGGAAAUGUGGCGCUGAGUGCUUCUGGUGAUCGGCUCUUGGUGGUCAAUUUGGGCAUUACAGUCUUUACGGACAAUACCACAGUCACCACAGAAGGUCGUGUGGGAGUCUUUGAAUUGCAGCGAAACGACGAGGGACAUCCACAAGAAUACGUCUCGCAAGAUGGCAGAAGCAGCACUGACGGCACCAUUUCCUACAUUCCAGGACCCCUGGUCAAUGUCAGUGGGGUCUAUCCCCGACAAGUGGCAUCCAUGUCCUCGGAUGGAACCACCAUCGCCAUUGGAUACCCCAAUUCACGGUACGACGACAAUAGCAAUAGCAACAACGGCAAUCUGACAAGUGGCUACGUGUCUGUCUACCGCUACGACGACAACAGCACCACGACGGAAAAUAAUAGUACUGCUACUACUGGCGCGUGGGUUCCACUGGGCAAUGUUCCUACGUUUGACGCGAUCAUGACAAACACGGAAGAGAUUUACACGGGAGGAACUUUGGGAUCGGCCACGGCAUUGUCUGGGGAUGGGACCCGUCUUGCCAUUGGUAUUACCCAAGUGCAGGGAUUUGCAUCACGCAAUGAUUCGACCAGUUUUGGGUAUGCCAGUUUUGUGCAAGUCAUGGAACUAUCAUCAUCAUCCAAUAAAAAGUGGUAUCCUCUGGGAAAGAUGAUCCAGGGAGUCUGCAAUGGCAAUACUGGUUGUAUUCCUUGUCAAAACUCUUUUGGACCUGGUGAACACGAUUUUGGAAUGACGCUGAGUUUCAAUGCCGCUGGCACUCGAUUGGCCGUGGGGACACCCCAGGCGCCACCGUGCAAUUCCAAUCCCACGGACGGUGGAUUUGGGCGAGUGUUCCAGUACAAUGGGAUUGAUGAAGAAUGGAAUCAAGUAGGACCCGAUCUGGUUCUGCCAACAGUCAAUAAUGGCGAUACCGAGACUCCCGAACCACGAGAAUUGGGAGGCAGUAUUUCGCUAGCGAGUUCAGCCGAUCAUCGAUUGGCAAUUGGGAGCAAUGCUGGAGCCGUCGUCUUGGAAUAUUCCUCUGAUUCCAACUCUUGGAACAUUAUGGAAAAUCGUGUUUUUAUAUGGAACAACAAGGCCACCUUUGAAAACCGAUACACCGGUGUCAGCUUGACAGCAGAUGGCAAUCAAGUGGCCGUGUCCGGGCCGUAUGCAACUGACAAUGGUGGCAAAGCCGAAGUGUGGGAAUGGUACCAAAGCAACAGUUGGAAACAGGUGGGACGGACACUGGCAGAUAAUCGUGGAUUUGGCAUUAGUUUGGAAGUGGCGGAAACGGAUGGAAAGAUCCUUGCGCUCAAGGGAGGAUUUGAUACCAAGAUCUAUCAAGCACCGAGGUAGUAACAGACACAAGCAAUUGGAUCGUUUGGUGUCAUGUUUGUUGGAUGUGAUGGCUAGAUGGCUGAAUGGUUCUAGCAGAGAGAGACUCAAUGCUAGUCAACAAAGUGGACGUGAAAUGUCAAAAGGAAGCGGCAUAAUGCAAGCAUGCAACAACAACAAACUUUUGUGAAUUGUAAGAGUGCACCCCUACUGACGACGCUAGAGUUCAUGCAGGUCACCAAGAGCGUGAUAAACACACCAGUGGAAACCUCGCUCCGCGUUGUUGGACUGUUGUUUGGAUAGGAAGGCCCGGGCAUACUCUCUGACGCGAAAAUGUACAAUUCGUGUUGAAACCAAGCGAGUACCAGUACGGUUUGAACUGAACUGACAAGUGUACGAAAUGUGAAACUGUGGUGGAUCGAUCCAGCCACAAGCCAACUAUUGAAUAGAUUGGCAUGAUGGCUAGGAGAUCAGUGCAGCAAUGUCAGUCUGAGUGUUUUGUAACAAGGUAGUUUAUAUCUCUUAGGCCAUUGUACUAAUUCUCGUAUUGGAUCUCAAACUUGCAACUGAUGACAAAUGAGG